UGGGGGUAGAAGCCCAGCACCCCUCCAGCUAGAGAUCGGGAGGUGUCCUGAUGGCGUCUCGACAGCAAAAUCGGAUUCAGAUCUACUUGGAGACGAAUAAGAUAGGUCCUCUCUUUGAGGAAUUAAUGACUAAGCUGAUCACAGAGACACCAGACCAGCCAAUUCCAUUUUUAAUUAAUCAUCUCCAAUCAAAGCUGGGAAAUGUUGGCCCGCUUCCUAGGACACUGUCUGGAUCAGCUGCUCUGUGGGCAGAAAGUGAAUCAGCAGAAUACAAAGGGAUGAGAAGGGACUUCAGGUGCUAUGACAAACCCUGGCAAGUAAACGCAAAGAAGCCGAAAAAGUCCAAGAGUGAUCUUGCAGUUUGCAAUAUUUCACCACCAUCUCCGGAAUCUAAAUCUUUGCCUAGAUCUAUUGAACACCCUAAAUGGGACUGGCGGACAAAGCCAGAAAGCCAAGAUUUUGAUGAAUUAAACCACAUCCUUCAAGAAAGCAAAAAACUUGGUAAAGCUCUGGAGAAUCUGUCACGGAGUAUUGCUGUUUCAGAUGAACUGGAACAGGACACAAGAGCAUUUAACUCCUCACUUCUGAGACCCUGUGUGAUUGGAGAAUGGGUGGGACGUGAAGACAAUGACAUUGACCCUUUAGCUUCUGAAAUGAUACAACCUCCUGUACCAAGAAAUAAGAAUGAACAGCACGAAGGGGAUGAAGGCAGUGUUAGUCCUGCUGGGAGUUUAAAGAUGGAGCCGAAAAACAAAGGUCUGAAGCAGCAGCAGCAGCAACAUAAGAAGCUGUUAGCGGCCAUGCUUUCCCAAGACUCCUUUGACUCCGUACACAGCGCUCCUGCGUCUGUCACAGAGGAAGAUAUUGAUAAUGAGGAUGAUGCAAUGGAACUGCUAGAAGACCUUGAUGAUCUUCGAAUGGAAGGUGUUACCAGCCUCAUGCCAUCUGGAAGUAAAUUUAGCCAAGGUCGUAGCACUUACACCACUGAACCUCAAGCAAAAGUCACUCUAAACAUCUGCUCAAGGUGUGCAAGAUUGCAAGGAGAUAAUCUAGCUCAGGGAGAAGAGGUGGUGCCAAAAGAAAGCUCCUCUCCUGCGAAAGGUGCAGCAAAUGCCAGGGAUUCAUUGCCUGGAGCAGAAACAUUAAUGGAAGAUGAUGAAGAAUUUGAAAGCGCAUCUCAAGUGACAGGACCUCGUCAACCAGUCUGGGACUUGGAUGUCUUGUCUGCCAGAAGUGGGGGCACGUCGAACCAAAAACUCUUGAAAGAAGCUUUAACCGCAAAGGAACUGCAGAGCAUGGAAAAGCAUCUAGCUGAUAUUGAAAAAGACUUGGCACUAAUGGCGGAAGCAAGUAUGUCACGGAGCCCAGCAAGCCAACAAGGAGCUGGCACAGUUGGAAGUGACCCUCAAGGAAGUUACCAUGCCUCAAAUGUGCAAAACACAAAACCACAAGUGCCAAACCAAACUACAAAAAACUUACAGCUUCAUCUCCAAGGAAACAAGUCACCUCCUCUAAGUAACAGUAGAACUCAUGGUUCAAAUCCACCAAACAGUAGACCGCAGACUCCAAACUCACAGUCAAGUAAACUUCAAACACCUGUGACUCCAUUGGCCAGACCAGGAACUCCGAACAGCAUGUUGAAUCGACCCCUCACUCCAAGCAAUCAGGGAAACAAAGAAGGAAUCUCUCCGGGACAUAGGAGUAGAUCUGUAACUGUUAAAAGUCAAGUUGGGUGGACUUCUAGUACAUUAUCAGGAGUUUCUGUUCAGGUUGCUGCAGACACACCAGGAAUUGCUUCUCAUCGAAACAGUGUUGCAGAGGAGGAAUCCUAUGAACAACUCCAAGGAUCUCGUCAACCAUGGACUCUUCCAAGUGACACAGACAGUGAAGGUGUGGAGACAGAAAAGGAAAAACGUUUGUGAUGCCACAAGACAAAUCGUGAACCAGUGAACAAUCUGUACUAGGAUAGAAGACAAUUUUUCCAAUGAUUUUAAUUGAUUGCAAGAACAGUUAUUUUUUUAGUGUGUUUAGUAAUUGAGAAAAUGUCUUAAUCAAUAAUGGAAGCUAACUUUCUUAUUCGAUAAUCUGUAGUUAUGGUAAGCUUUUCUUACAUGUAACUGGCCACAAUUAUG